UUCCUUACUCCCUUGACUCCUGCUUCCCUCCUCUAAACUCCUUUUCCUUACUCCCUUCCCUCCUGCUUCCUUGCCUGCUGUCAUGCAUGUGUCUCACUCAUCAUAGUGUCACAUUGACUCCCUUCAGUGAAGUCUAAAUAUCUAAAUACCCCCUCCCUCCUCUCAGGUAUGAGCCAGCAGGCAGACGGGGGGUUUGUUAGCCCCGGGGCCCCUCAGAGCCCUCUGCUGUCCCCCCGCAUGGCCCACACACAAUCCCCCAUGAUGCAACAGGGCCAGGGCAACGCUGGCUUCCAGGCCCCCCCCGACAUGAACGGCUGGCCGCAGGGCAACAUGGGAGGCAGCAGUAUGUUCCCACCGCAGCAGGCCUCCCCCCAGUUCUCCCAGCAGAGCAGCAGCAACAUGUACAACGGAGGAAACGCCAUGAACCUCAACCCCGUGAACAACAUGGCCGCCGGCAGCAUGGGCCAGAUGUCCGGCCAGAUGAGCGUCACCUCCAUGGCCUCGGGUCCUUCGCCGGGGCUGCCCUCCAUGGGGCCUGAGCAGAAAUACUGUUGACCCUCAUGGAGUCGUCACCUGAACUUCAGCUGGAGAGAGGAGCGUCGGCCCUUUAAAGAAAUUGUACAAACAUGUAACCAACAACCCCCGCCUUCCCCCUUUCUACCCCUGCUUUUUGGGGGGGGAGACCCCGGAAAGUGAUGGUGGAGGAGAGCAAGCAUUCACCAUAGUGUGACUUCCUGUGGGGGGGGGGUACUGACCCUGGGGGUGUUUGGGAUCUUCUUCUGAUGAAUGUAUUCCUCUCAGUGGACAGCGGCCAUUUACAAUCUCAUCUCAAAAUGACGUACACUGAUUUUCGUCCGGCCGGAAACAGAGACUCCCGCCGGGUUUUGCCUUUUUUUGUUGUUAUUUUAUUCUGAUUAUUUUAGUUGUCGUGAAGAUGUAGAAUGAAGAUCUUUGAAAACACACUGCGGAAAAUGGUUUGAGUGUAUGAUUAGACUAAUUUAGUCAAGAGGUUUAUAUAGUGUAUUAAAUUAAGUUUUAUUUUUCUGUAUAGAUUUUAAUUAUUGUAGAUGAUUCUUUAUCCAAGUAGCAACGAGAGAGACGGAGAUUUCUAAAAAGUGUGAAAGAAGCACUUUUGUUUUUUUAUAAUUUUAACAGUAACAGUCUUCUACUAACCUGAAUCUGGAUUAUUCUUUGGUCCUGUAGUUUCAGAAGAAGAUGUCAGACAUAUGGUUUUAAAAAUGAAUCACAGAGAUUGUACAUACCAAUAAGUAAGACGUUUCCUUUCCUAUUUAUUUCACCGCGUAGGGUUUGUUUCCCCGUCCGAUCACGACUUUCUCGUGUGCUGGUACGAUGCAGGGGGGGGGGUACGGGGGUGUGCUGAGUAUACAGUGUACAGAUUAUCGCUUGCUUCUCUGCCUUUAGCAUAGACACACCACGAAAAAAAACUCAACACAGCCAUACACAAAAAAAAAGUGUGCUUUCUAUGUCGUCUGGUCCUACGAGCUGCUCGGUGCAAACUGUUCCGGUGUGAUGUAAACAAGCAAUAACCUUUCUUUUUGUAAUUUUUGUACAGUUUCCUGACUUAAAAAGGACACGUUUUUUGCUCCACGUUUGGAUGCAGUAUUACAUUUUUUUAUUGCAGUUUGUACCAGGAGAGUCUCCAUCCACACGCAGCGAUGUUAGAUUAUGCAGCAGAGGUCAGAGGUCACGCUUCACCCUGCUCUGACACACACUUAGCCAUAUUUAUGACCUCAGGCAGUUAUUAAACGACUCGCUGCUCUUUCUGGGGAGUUCAGUGUGAUCCGAGUCAUCCUCUCUAACCUCAAAAAUACAUUUUAUAUAUAUAUAUAUAUAAAUAUAUAUAUAUAUACACAACCCAGGACAAACUUGGAGCAAGCCAAAUGAUCUUCACCUUUUUUCAAUUGGAUUUCUGAAUUCUACCAGCUUUUAUUUUCCUAGCUUUGAGGCCCGGGGAAAACAAAGUUGAUGUCACUAAACAGGGUCCUAAUGUAGAGAAGCAGGAAGUCAUUCUGAAUGUAUUAAAGUCAUUAAAGGAUGUGAGCGCAGCGUUUAGUGGAGCUUUCCCAUUGGUGUAAAGGAGACGACGCUGAAUCUGAGAAUCGUGUUCUUUUUUGGGUUUUUUGCAGACGUCUCACACAUUUUGAUAAAUGCUGUCUUGAUUGUAUCAUACAGUCGUGCAGAAAAAGCCUUUUUGAGCCAUUAAAAAAAAAAAGAAAAAAAAAAAGAAGAACGAUCACAGCCCUUUGCAAAAUUUCCAAAGAUUGUCAAGAUUUUGAAAAAUAAAACGAUUUAAAGCCAUGUGGUAGCAAUGCAUUUUUUUAGCAUUUAUAAUGAGGACGGGAGCAAAUCAAUGCCCCUAACAAAUAUCCAGGCGUUGGACCCACUAAAACUAUUUUUUUCUCGUCAGCUUUUGGUUUUAAAGAACUUUAAAUGCCCUUUUGUAUUGUCUGCCAAUUUCUUAGAGCUAAGAUGCAACCUUGAAAUGCUAACCACCCUUAGCAUAAUGCCUUAGAUUUGUCCGUUCUUGUACAUUACGCCGCUGUCUGUAUAAAUUUAUAUAAUGACUUGUGUACAAUAUUGAACGGGUGCAUCAUCGCUCAGUUCAUCGCUCUCUUGUGUUAUUCCUCCCCUCCUCUCUCACUGUUUUUGAUGAUACAUAGGGAUAUUGAAGCAAUAUGUAAUAUAUGGACUUUCUGAAGAAAGCUUUGUGUUUCCCCCUGGUUUUUUUUUCUGCAUUGUUCACAGGAAUCACACUGUAUACCCGCAUCCACCUUUGUACCCCUAGUGUGUGAGUGUGUGUGUGUGAGUGUGUGUGUGUGUGUGUGCGCGAGUGUGUGUGUGUGUGAGCGUUUUAUGCAAAGUUAGAUAUACAAGAGAAACCACAGUUAUGCAAGUUGUGAACUAAUAUGGCUUCGCUGAUGCUAUUUGCCUUGUAAAUAAAGAAUUCUGUUAUUGCAGUAUUUAACAGAGUGACUCUUAUUUCUGUGAUUUAAAUAUAAUAACGCCCCCCCCCCCCAUGCAUUGAUUGUAUUUCCAUCAUGAGUGCACAGAAUAUGUAACGCUUUAUUAAAAACGGCUCAAAGCGACUAAAUAACACUAAUAUUCAGUUAUAACGUGUUUAUUCCUGUGCUUGCUGCUUCCUUCUGUGUAUUUGUUUAUACAUGUAAAGUGUAUACUGCAUAGUGAUACUGCAAAUAAAAAAUAUUGAUUGAU